AUAAAAAGUGGCGCCCCCAAUUGGCGUGCAUUAGUACUCGCCAGCGCAGCGCUCCGCUCACACGCGUCCGCUGUUCUCUCUUUGCGCAGUUCGUGCGAUUUACUAAUUUGAAACUUACACUUGUAUUUUUUCGGUUUUUCCGGUAAACAUGGCCGACACCGCAGUUGCCGCUGACGCCCCCGCCCCGGCGACGCCCGCGAAGAAGCCCAAGGCCUCCGCCGGCGCUAAGAAGCCCAAAGCGAAGCCCACCCACCCGAAGACUUCCGAGAUGGUCAACAGUGCCAUCAAGGAGUUGAAGGAGAGGAGCGGUUCGUCCCUGCAGGCUAUCAAGAAAUACAUCGCCGCCCAGUACAAGGUGGACGCCGAGAAGCUGGCUCCGUUCAUCAGAAAAUAUCUGAAGAGCGCUGUCGAAUCCGGCGCACUGAUCCAGACCAAAGGCAAGGGCGCGUCCGGCUCGUUCAAACUGGAGUCCAAGUCGUCCUCCGGCGCCAAGAAACCCGCCGCCGCCAAGAAGUCUAGCGCCAAAUCUUCAGCGGCCGCGAAGAAACCGGCCGCAGCUAAGCCCGCUAAGGCCAGGAAGGCCGCCGCCUCUCCCGCCAAGCCUAAGGCCGCCACUAAGGACAAGAAGGCCGCCGCCGCCAAGAAGAAGCCCGCCGCUAAGAAACCCUCCACCCCCGCCAAGGGCAAGAGCGCCGCCGCGCCUAAGGCCAAGAAGACCGCGAAGCCUCCCACCAAGAAGCCUAAAGCUCCCAAACCGAAGAAGGCCGCGGCCGCUCCCAAAGCGAAGCCCGCCGCUAAGAAGGCCGCCUCGAAGAAGUAAGACUGUGCGCGUUCGCUAUUGUCGUCGCCGCCGUUCUUGCAUCGGUCGUGGUGGUGUUGUUAGUGACGUUGAUGGAGAUUAUGCGACGGCUUGUCGCAUCACUCUUCUCGACUCACGUCAUACGCCUGUGCGCGUUAAACGCACAUCAAAAAGCCCUUUUCAGGGCUAACAAACGUAUUCAAAGGCUCAUCGCCUCUGUUUCAUUGCAAUAAGAGCACAUAACACAAAGUCGUUCGACCGAUCGAUCGAUCGAUCACUCUUAUAAAUAAGUAAAACAAACUUAAGUGCUUUCCGAAAUGGUAAAAAGUCUUAUUAAGACUACAAAAAACUAGGCUUCUAAUUAAAUAUA